UCUUUUCACUUGCCGACUGAACUCGGAUGCGGGCGCUCGCGUUCGCGCCAUUUCUAGUCCCGCGAAAAGUUUGAAAAUCGAACGCAUCAAUCGAGAAAAGUUACGAUGUUUUUCGGGAGUGAUGUGACUUAGGAUUUUGAUUAAAAAAAAAAAUUUCGUUUGUAAAUAUUGAAUAUUUUUCUUAAAAAUUUUUAUAUUAACUAGAUAACUAUUUAUUUUUUUGCGCGUUUAUUUUUUUUUUUGUUAUGUGUAUUCGAAUGUGCCAAUGACUGUAUGAGCUGAUAAGUGGAUUGGCGGUCACCAAAUUUUCAAGUCAAGGAGAAUAGAUCGAGUUAACCAUGGACCCCGAGCUGACAGUGGAGGAGUUUGGAGAAAUGACAACAACUACCUCACCUUUUCUAAUGAACGGAACUGAGAACCUCAAUGUUUACUACUUUUACGAUUCCAUCCAGUUCACAGUGAUGUGGGUGCUCUUCGUCCUCAUCGUGGUACUAAACGCGUCCGUCAUAGCAGCACUGCUUUGCACCAACGCCAGGAAGAGCAGGAUGAACUUCUUCAUUAUGCAUUUGGCAAUAGCAGAUUUGUUCGUGGGUCUAAUAUACGUGUUCGUCGAUAUAGUUCAGAAGAUCACCAUAGCCUGGCUGGCGGGGGAGUUUCUAUGCAAAGUCAUUAAGUUCCUACAGGCAGUAGUAAUGUACGCGUCGACAUACGUGCUGGUGGCGCUGAGCAUUGACCGCUGCGACGCUAUAACGAACCCUAUGAACUUUUCCAGAAGCUGGAACCGAGCGAGAGCCCUCAUCGUAUCAGCUUGGAUUAUCAGCACCGUUUUCUCUAUUCCAAUCCUCAUUCUAUAUGAAAUCAAGGAAGUGCAAGGGCAACUUCAAUGUUGGAUAGAGUUGGGAACAGCGCGCAGGUGGCAGAUCUGGAUGACGUUGGUUUCCAUCAUGAUAUUCGUGUUACCAGCGUUGGCCAUCGCUGCGUGCUACGCCGUCAUCGUGCUGACCAUAUGGACCAAGAGCAAGGCGGUGGUCAUGAGCCCGCCUCUGAACAACAAGAGAGGGAAAAUGAGAACCGGGCAGGUGGAAUGCGACCCAGAUUCAAGGCGCGCCAGCUCUAGAGGAUUGAUACCGCGCGCCAAAAUCAAAAGCGUCAAAAUGACUUUUGUUAUUGUUUUCGUGUUCGUGCUGUGCUGGUCACCGUACAUCGUGUUCGACCUGCUGCAGGUGUACCACCAAAUCCCAAUGACGCAGAUGAACAUCGCCGUGGCCACGCUCAUCCAGAGCCUGGCGCCGCUCAACUCGGCCGCCAACCCGCUCAUUUGCUGCAUGUUCUCUCCGCACAUAUACGCCAGCCUCAAACGCGUGCCACCGUACCGCUGGUUCUGGUGCGGCACGCAGCGUAGACGGCACGUGCGCGGCACGGCACGCUCUCGGUCCGACUCCACCGGACACUCGGACCUCCUCAGCUCCACACACGCCAGAAGAUCACAUUCUGUUGCUAUGAUAUUAAACCGAACUCGCGGCAACAGCAUAUCCCGCUCUGGAGAUCGGCGCACCCACCUCGUCACGCUGCCACUGCGCGACUGACGGCAGUCGGAGCUGACGUCCGACGUCAUGCUGUAGACAGAGACACGCUACACUACUACUCUUCCAAUUAUACUAAAAAAAAUAUUAGUCAUAUCUUUUAAAUAUGACUAAUAUUCCUGUUCCCCUCCAAUUCGUCUGAAAAGACUGUGUUAGGGCGUAUUCACGUAGAAAGCAGGGAUGUGAUUCCUAUUUUAUACUCGUCGAUGUUAUGUUCGCCUAUAACAAGUUGUAUUACAAUUUAAACUUUACUUCUAUGGGAUGACAAAAAUAAAAUGUCACAACUACGAAGUUGCCGUGGAAAUGAGCGAUGUCACAUCGCUGUAACUUUACAGAAUGCAGGGGCAGGUUGCCUACGCCUGUCAACCAGCGCUUAACAGCACUGGUUCGUGCAGAUAACCUCUACUUAUAGCAAGCGGAUAUGAGCAAGUGGCGAUGGCGGUUUGAUAUUGAACGUUAGUUGACAUAUACGUAUUAACUAUACAUUUUAUUAACUAUACUAAAAGCAUACUUAAGGAAUAUUGUUUACCAACAAACAAAUUAAAAAUGAGGGUAUAGAUCGCUAGUCAUUUCACACCUAAUAAUAAUUAUAAUUAACUUGUUAUUAAAAUAAUGAAAAUAAAUUUGAUUAUUAAGCCUAAAACAAUUAGACAUAGUUGAUAUAUUUUGGAUAAUAUUUUAUAAAACAACAAUAGAUAAUAAAAUAAAAAAGUAAUAAAAUGACAUGCGUUUUCUACCCUCAUUUCUAAUUUGUUUGUUUGUAAACAGAAUUCCACGGGUAUAGCUUUAGUAUAGCUACUGUUAGACAUUCUUAAGACAGGUAAUUUCGUAUUCACUAUUUAUCUAAUGGUGACUGUAUUUGAGAUUACACGUAAAAAAAGUCUGAGAUUACAGUGCUUAAUGACAACUCUUUGUGGAUAUCGCAGAGUAGUUAGAUGACAUUUCCCAGCUGGCAUUGUGAUUUUUGUUAACAAUAGGCUACCUAUAUGAAAUUCAAAAUACAGGUAUUUGAUGUUUAUUUUAAUAGGUUGUUAAUAAAGAGAAGAUUAGUGAAUAAGAAGGUUGGAACUUGUCGGUCACUUUUGGCGCUGAUUUGACACAAGUAUAGAGACUCUGUACUGGAUAAGUCAUAAGCGCUGAUAGAUCGGCACAGGCAACCUGCCUUCUACGUGAAUACACCCUUAGGAGUGGGUGCGAAUACUUGCAUAGACAUAAUCAAGUAGCCAAGAUAAUCCACCAAGAGCUUGCUCUUCAGUAUGGCCUUAUAGAUUCUGCGAUGCCUUACUAUAGUACGACUCAGCGUCAGUUCUUGAAAAAAAAGUGCAUUGCUCUACUGGGACCGAAUGAUUAUCACUGACAGGUAUAUUGUAGCCAAUAGACCUGAUAUAAUGCUAGUCGAUCGGUCGGUACGCCGUGCAAUAGUUGUUGAUAUUACUGUUCCACAUGACGAUAAUCUGGUUAAAGCCGAAAAGGAAAAAGUAUUAAAAUACUUGGACCUCGCUCACGAGAUUACGGCCAAGUUGGUAUUGAAUCAACUAUUAUUGUUCCGAUAGUUGUUUCAGUCAAUGGUCUUAUAGCGAAAAGCUUCGACCAACAUCUUAAGAAGCUUUCAAACUGCUGGAUCAAAAGUCUGCUACAGAAGGCAGUGAUUCUUGAGACUGCGCGUAUUGUGAGAAGGUUCCUAACUCUGGAACCCUGACCACCGCUUGCUUGGGCACUCAAAUGUCCCGCAGCGAAAGGGUACUUUAUUUUUAUAUCAACAAUGUUAAAAUUUUUAAAAAAGAACUCUUAAAUAAAUGAGCGAAAAAAAGUCAGGUUAUAACAAGUCUUUUAAAACGUAUAUUGAAACUAAGCGAUUGAUCGCUAUUUUUGAGGAAGCAGCAAUGGUACUUAAGCAAAUUAGGUACCUAAAUAUAGUUAUAAAAUAAAGCCCAGCAAUGAAAAAUAUAUUAAUAUUAUAUUAUGCAGGUUUUAUAUUUAGAAACGUCAUAGUGAGAAAUUAAACGAAUAAAAAAUAGGUAGGUAAUUGAUAAAUCUUGCCAUUCUUAAAAACGGCAAAGCCACCUUUGAUAAAAACUGUCUGUGAAGGAGCUUAUAUUUCAUUUCGGAACUUUAUUGAUUUAUUUUGUUAUUAUAUGAGAAAAAUAGUCAAACAUCCCCUAAUGCGGAAUAAAAUAACCUUCAGUUUUAUCUGAACAGUCGAACUGUUCAGUUCAAACGUACGUGUGUAGACAAAAAUGCACAGUGCUCAGUUGAACUGACAAUGUAAUCGAAAUGUUAUUAGAUAACUGUUCAGUUAAUUUGCGGAGUUAAAACUGAACUGUCUGUCGUUUCACUCCAAAAUUUAAACAUCCAAGAACUCAUGUGAAAAAAAUUGUUAUUUAUAGAAUAAAAAAAUAGGCAAACCAAUACAAUAAUCUUAAACUUCUAAUUUAGAAUAUAUUUUUGGUGAAUAUCAGAUGAUUACCAUAUUUAAGUCCGCGUAAUGCCAUUUGUGACGUUUAAAAACAAUUAUGAUUUUAUUAUUGUCUGUCCAUGUCGAUGCAGACAAAGAUGUUGAGAAUUGUUAUACUGUAGUAAGUGUGGCGUGAAUCUCAGAAAAAAUAUAUACCAAUCUAUGUGUAAAGAACUGUUAGUGUAUUGUAAUAUUAUUAUGUAUUUAAAUUGUAAUAAUUAAUGUUAAUUCCUAAUUAUACAAUUUAUAUAAGGUUGAUAGUUUUAGGGUUAUGGAUCUCUUGCCAAAAAUAUUUCGUAUGCAUUGUAAAUCUGCACAAUUUUACAUAUACCUAAGCUUUGUAUUAUAUUAAAUAAUAUAAUAUUUUUUAAUCAAGAGAGAAUAUAUUUUGUAAAAACGAACGUGUCACAAACUUUGUACAAAAGAUGUAAUUUAACAAUGAGAACAAUUUAGAAUAUAUUUAAAUCUGGUAAAUACAUAUAAAUAUAGAUUAAUACAAAAUAAUAAUAAUUUUAAAAGGAACAGAAUUAGUUAUAAAUUAAGAUUUAUCGUAUUACGUCCUUCUAAGUAAGAAAGAAAUACUUAAAAAUGCUUAUUUUUAAAUGUCAUAAUUUCACCUUUAUCUUGUUAAAAAUACUAUAAAAUUUAGAAAAUUUUGAGUACUAUUCAAUAAAAUGUUUUUUAUAUUUUUUUAUUAUCGCUGUCGUGCGUGAAAUAUUUGCUAGCAAUUUAUUUUAGAAUUAUGUUCGGAAAAGAACAUACGAAUAAUUAUAACAGAAUACCUAGUACGCGACGCUAGCAUCCGAAAAUGUUUUUUUACAGACAGAUCAUAUUAAAUGUGGGUCGGUUAUAUUGUAACUCAGUGAAUACAUACCUAAUUAGUAAUUUUUCAAUAACAAAAUACAAACGAAAAAAUUUGUACGAGCGAGAAUAGAGCUAUUUAAUGUAAAAAUUGUAAAUAAUUAAUUAUUUUUAAUAAUCGAAUUAUUAUUGCCAAAGAACAAUUAUUAUUUAGUAACGAUUUUAUUAUAAUAAAUGAAUGAUUAUUAUUGAUUA